AUGUCGCCGGCAGCCAGAUCGAAGGAACUCUUGCGGCACUAUGUGGCGGCCAUCGGUGCUUUCGCAAAAGCUGGGGAGCCGGAGAAGGCUGACACUUGCUUUCGGGAAAUCAGCGCCGCACGCCUGGAUCCCGAUCUGUUUGCAUACACUGGCAUGAUCAACGCGCAUGCCCGGACUGGAGAUGUGGUGGGGGCCCAGAGGUGGUUCCAGGACUUGGUGGAUGCUGCUCUACAGCCUGACACUGUAUGCUACAGCAGCGUUCUCAACGCCUGUGCGCAGGCUGGCGCCUCACAGCUUGCCGAGAGUUGGUUGCUCAAGAUGGGCUCGGCGCGUGUGCUGGUGAAUAGCGUGGCGUACAGCACCGUGAUCAAUGCCUUUGCGCAGGAAGGGGAUGCGAAGUCAGCAGAACGCUGGUUUACUGGCAUGAUCCAGGAUCGAAUAUCCCCGAAUACCGUGACCUUCUGCAGCAUGAUUAAAGCUGCAGCGAACCACGGAGAUGUCGAGCAUGCACGAGUGUGGCUUGAGCGCUUGCUUGCUACAGAGCUGGAUGUACCCCCGCUCGCUUUCAACACCGCGAUCAAUGCCUGCGCAGCAACCGGUGAUGUGACAAGUGCGGAGCAGCUUUUGAGUGACAUGCGACGGCAUUUCGUGGAAGAUACCUUGGUAACGUACAACAGCCUGGUAAAGGUGAGCACCGCCACGGGGGAUAUGGAUUCUGCGCAGCGCUGGUUCGACAUGCUGAUUGCACGGCGUCUCCACCCCGACGUGCAGACCUUCAACAGUCUCCUCAGCUGCGGGGCUUUUCGCGGAGAUGUCGAAGCAUGUGAGAAAUGGUAUCAGCUGUUGGGAACCUGGCGAGUGGCACCGGACACCAUCACCUACAGCACCAUGCGUACGGCUUGCGCCAGACGGGGUGAUUAUGCUCAAGCACAGCAUUGGUUGAACAUGAUCGUUCGUCAUGAUGAUAAAGCUCGCGACAUGUGGACUGCAAGGGGCAAGACCGUGACAGACCCUUUCUCACAGACCGGUAGCUUGCUGAAAAGGGCAUUAUACCGUUUUCGUUCGCAAGGAGAUCAAACUGUUGCAGAGCGCCUCGAACGGGCUUUGGAGUACCAGUGGCUGUAUGGGUAUCCGCGCGUCCCGGACUAUGAGAAGCAAUUAACACACGGAGCAUACAAGUACAUGGCUGGUAUGCAGCCGAUGACUGCCCGAGAGAUCUACAGUCUGAUUCCGGAUAGCAAGACUGUCCUUGACACAUUCUGCGGCUCAGGGACAGUUCUGAUCGAGGGCCUCGUGGCGGGAAAGCAAAAGUGCAUCGGAAGCGAUACAUCGCCCCUGGCCAUCUUCGUGUCGACGCAUCACACAGAUUCGCAUCGGCUUUCCCUGAAGAACUUGGUCGAGGAAGCUGAAAAGGUCGCAGCUGAUAAAGGCUUGGGCUGGACGAGCCUGCGUGAUCGGAUCCGGAGCAUAUCGAAGGAGAGUGUGACGCCAGAAUUGCGGGAUGGGCUUUGGUUUGCCUUUGCCGUGGCUUGGCGUCUGGCGCGGAGUCCGUUUGUGGGCGACGAGCCAGGCAGCGUCAAGGAAUCGGAAGCAGGGGAUGCUAGGUCAUACUUCCUUUCGACGGUCUAUCGCUUUGCACACCAACUGCGUGAGCUGCGGGAUGAACUUUCCGGCCGUGAGCAAGCUGUCGAGCUUCAUUGCUGUGACUGUCGAAGGCUGGUUCUGCAGCAAGAGGUGGAUGCCAUCAUCACCAGCCCGCCAUAUCCUGGGGUCUAUGACUACUUCAAGGCUGCAGCUGCCGAUUGUCGCGAAGUGGCUGGUGAGGCUGCCGGUGAGGCUACUGGCCAGCGUCACACUGAAGACGGCGGGCACGGUGGGUUAGGCUUCUUGGAGGAGUGCCUUGGCGCCGUCGGCGCUGGAAUUGAUGGAUUCGCUGCUGGAGCGACAUCGGAGCUGGGUGCUGCUUCCCUCCAGCCCGAGUCUUUGUCGCAGGCCAGGGUGCAGUGGCAGUCGCAGCAGGAGGAGUGGCUUUCAGCAGCAUAUGGAAACCUGCGCAUGGGGGGAACUCUGACAAUCAUGGUUGGAAACGGCGAUGCUUUGGUGGAGAAUGCCAAUGAAAUCGAUUGCCUGCAGUCCACAUUGGAAGCCGCAGCUGCCCUGGGCUUCAAGCUUGUGGCUUCUUCCACAAUUGAGAGUUGUGCAGACGAUGCUCACCAGACAAAGGGGAUGGUGCGGACGGAGCACAUGAUUCAUUUCCUCAAGCCGGCGGAUCAAUUCCGCAUAGAAGACAUGCGUGUCUCCAUCCAGCAAGACAGUGAGGAGUCGGCCACUAGCCGUUCCCAGCGGACUUCGAACUUGGAGCAUACAGGAAGCAGCUUGAGGAAGUCAACAUCAUACCUUUCACAGGGCACCACCCUCGCUGCUGGCACGGAUGAUGAGAGCUUCAGUGUGGAUUCCUCCACGGAUCAGUCUUCCGCCGAAUCCGAUGAUUGGGAGCCUGCAUGCGAGGACGAGCUCGAACUCGUCAGCAUCUGGACAUGGCGAACCAUUGGCUUGCCAGUCAGUGGCUUCCUUAUGGCUUUCCUGAAUGCCAUUGCGUCUGGGGUUGUCUAUGGGUUUUUCCUGGGAUACAUGGGAUUGGAUUCUUACGUCAUGGCAUCGGUUGCGGCGCUCAUGAAACUUCCAGAAGUGUUCUUGUUUCCGUUGGGCAUGAUCAACGACUGCUUUCCCAUCUUCGGCUACAACAGGAAGCCUUACUUGUUGGCAGGCUGGCUCAUCUGUGGCGGUGCACUCUUGGUGAUGAGCCUGCGACGUUUGCCAGCACCCUACUACUGUCAAUACCCCGAUGGCAGCUAUGACUGGUCUUCCCCCCCGUGCAAUCCGGACAUCCACAGCCACAAGAGCUGGUAUAUUUUUCCUUUGUUUGUGCUCAUCGCAGGUCUGCAGAUUGGGAGUACAGCGGGUGAGGGGCUAAUCUUGCAGUACUCACGGCGAGAGCCAGCAGAGCGGCGCGGACACAUCAAAGCAGAAAUGACGAUGGUUUGCACGGCCGGCGCGCUGACCUCCUCCCUCGUCAUUGGAUUCCUCUUGAACGGCAAGGCAUACUUGGGCACCUUCGAUUGGGGAUUGUCCUUCAGUGGCUUGAUGGCUGUGUGCUUGGUGCUGGUCAUCAUUGUCAUCCCCACCAGCUGGUUCUGCGUGCAUGAGCCCCCAAAGACCACACACCCAGCACUCCGUGGCCAUGCCAAGUCCUCCUGGAGACUUGUCAAGAAGAACGCCCUUUCCAGCAUCUUGGUUUUUGCAUUCGUCGUUCAGUUCCUUGUCGGCACUGUAACCACGGCAUCGCCUAUGGUCCAAAGUCAGUGGGCUGGAGUCAAAGUCCUGCAGCAACAGCUGUGUGGCACAGGUGGCAUGAUCGUCAUGAUGGUCGCCACCUGGACGUACAAGGAAUACUUCCUCCAGACGAGCUGGAGGAAAGCAGUCCUCAUUGCCAUCUUGACAGUGUCAGUCCUGGAUGCCGUCGCGUCCUUCCUGACGAUCUUCGGCGUGGUUCGGAAUCAGUACUUCUACCUUGGCGAAGCCAUCGUUGGUAAUGUGCCUAAGGCUGCACUCGCAUUGGUGGGGAACCUAGUAAUUAUUGAGCUGUCGGAACCGGGACGCGAGGGUAUGUGCUAUGGUUUGAUCGCGACACUGCAGCACUCGAGCCUGCCUCUCGCCACGGUCGUCAGCAAUCAGAUCUACGGCCUCUUUCGCCCUAACUUGUCCGAGUUGGAAAAUUACAUGGCGGACACCCCGCAGUUCCGUUCGACUGUAGCUUGGUCUUACGUGCUCUCUUAUGCAAUGUCGCUCAUGAGUCUUUUCUUCCUUCCCCUGAUCCCGAAACAGAAGGAUGAUGCCCAAAGGCGGAAGGAGGAGUGGAGCUCCAGUCCGACUGUGGCUAUGUUGGUUUUGGGCAUUCCUGCCGUCUGCCUGGUCUACGCAAUUACUGUGCUGCUGCUCACCAGUCAGCCGCAGACGGCAUGCAUGCAUUGGCUUGGCGGUCCAGGGCAUGCCGGACGAGCAGCGCCGCCGGCUGCAUCGGCUUCCUUACAGGAAUCAAUGAGACCGCCCUCGGCUUCACAGUCCUUGCGCGCAGCUGCGGGCCUGCUUGCUGGCGCAGCGUUCUUUGCCAGCCACAAGUCUAGGCGGACAGUGCGUGCCGUACUUCCCGACGGAACGAACGACGAGGGAGAGGAUGUUGCACCGAUCGAUAUCAAGCUGGAGGACCUGAAGGACGUCGUCCUGUUCCAGUCUGAGUAUUCUCCUCCGUGUGUGAAGCUCAGGACCAUGUUCAAGCACUAUGGACUGCCUUUCCGCACCAUCAACGGGAAACAUCCCACCUCGGAUUACAAGAAGAUUCCAGUGCUGGUGAUGAACCCAGCCUCGGACGACCGUCAAAUCAAUGACUCCCACAUCAUCAUGAAGAGGAUGGUGCCGUGGCUGACUGGCAAGGAAAUGACCGAUGAGGAGGUCAUGUGGGAGAAGCGCAUCACGUACGAGUUUCAGCCUGCGUUUGAAGUAGAGCUGGUCGGAAACGACCGGGACCUUGCGCUUUUGUGGACGCGAGCCACUGGAUACAUUGGGGGAUGGCAGAGAGGAUUGCUGGGCAUACUGUCUCCAUUGCUGAAGUUUGCCAUCGAAGCAUUGUUCAGAUCUCGCUACUCCAACAUGGAGCUGCCAAGCUCGAAGUUCGGCGCCAGCUUCCGUGCGGCGCUGAAGGAUCGACCAUUUUUCCAUGGGGAAGAGCCAGGCCCCAUCGACCUCAGCUUGUACGGAACUUACGUUGCCUUUGCGGAGUGCGGCUCAAAUGAAAUGGUGCCGUUGCGCUUUUCUUCUCACAGACCUCUAAACCCUUAA